GCCGACUUCCGCUCAUGGAGGCCUGUCUGCCGCCGGCGGCCGCCCUGCCGAGGAAGCCCCGGAGCGGCGAUGCUGGCGCUGGGGCUGCUGUGGCGGGCACUCGGUAGCGCGGGCUAUGCGGACGCGGCGCCUGGGCGCGGGGGCGAGAGCGAGCGGGCGGCCGCCAUGGCGCAGGAACAGGAGCGGGCGCUGGAGGUCUACGACCUCAUCCGCACCAUCCGCGACCCCGAGAAGCCCAACACGCUGGAGGAGCUGGAAGUGGUGAGCGAGAGCUGCGUGGAGGUGGCCGAGAUCGGGCCGGGCGAGAGCCUCAUCACCAUCCGCUUCACGCCCACCGUGCCCCACUGCUCACUGGCCACGCUCAUCGGACUGUGUUUGAGGAUCAAACUUCAGCGAUGUUUACCUUUCAAGCACAAGCUGGAAAUCUACAUAGCAGAGGGGGCACAUUCUAUUGAGGAAGACAUCAACAAACAAAUCAAUGAUAAAGAGAGAGUCGCGGCAGCAAUGGAGAAUCCCAGUUUGCGGGAGAUUGUGGACCAGUGUGUGCUGGACCCCGACUGACUCGGAAUAUCUGCCUCCUUUGCAUCAACUUCUUUAUAUAACUUUCUCUUGAAUUUAAUACUAAACAUCAUUUUGAAAGCAUCUAAUUAAUUGCAAACAAGUGAACAGACCUGAUCAACCUCAGAUGAACUGUUGAAUGAAAGGUUAAUAUUCUCUUAAAGUUGAUAUUUCUAAAUGUGAAUAAUUUUUAUUGUCAGCUUAUGAAAAAAGAUUGGACAACCAGUCUGGAAUGGUAUAAGGUCUCCUGCUCGAGCAGGUCUUCCAAGGUCCCUUCCAGUCUUCCUAUGUUCUAUGAAUGUGCGUUGUAAUUUUUAAAAUGUGAUUUUAGUUGAUUUUUCCACUUCCCUAAUGGGGGUAUAUGUAAAUAGCUACUCUGUUAAGGGUGGACAAAAUACAGAAUUGUUGGGAAAA